AUGCAUUUUGUGAAAGGUCUGCUGAAUGAUUUAGUUCUUCAGCCCCUCCUUCUCCAGCUCUGCUCUUCCUUGGACACCAUAAAAUUUGUUCAACCAGUCCGAGACGGUGAUUUCUUGGUGUCCAAGAAUGAGACCUUUGUCCUGGGAUUCUUUCAUCCCAAAAUAUCGACCAACCGCUAUGUCGGAAUUUGGUACAAGUUUUCGGAAGACAUGGUUGUGUGGGUGGCUAACAGAGAUAAUCCCAUCAACAGUAGCUCAGGAGUUAUUUCAAUAGGUUCUGAUGGAAACCUAGUGCUGCAAGUCAAUACUAUCCAAGGACUUCUUACUCUGUGGUCAACAAAUGUUUCGAUAUCAUCAGUGAGCAACGAUAAUAUUUUUGCGCAAAUUCUUGAUUCAGGGAACCUUGUUUUGGCUCAACAAGGCAGCCAGGAUGUUUUUUGGCAGAGCACUGAUCACCCUACAAAUAUUCUUCUUCAGAAUAUAAAAAUGGGGUUGGACAGAAGAAGACCUGGUUUGGUACUGAGGUGA